UCUUUGUUUUCCCUUUUCAUCUGAUAUGGCCUUUCUCUUUCUUUCCAUAACUUUUCCAUGACCAAACAAAAAAAAAAGAUUACAUCUUUAUAUUCAUAUAUUUGCUUUGUAUCUAUAGAGUAUGGAUAUGAAUCAAAGCUAAAUUUUGGUCAUGUAGGGCUUCCUUUCACAUGUUUCCAUUAAUAUUUACUCUUUCUAAAGUUUGCAAGUUUUCAUGGUUAAUCAUAAAUUGGAGCGUCUUGAAAAAAGGGUUUUCAAGAGAUGAUAAACAUAAAAGCCAUGGAGCAGAUAAUUCCAAAUAACACGGCGCAACCGACAUGCACCACCGUCACCAUUCUUGGCAGCCACGGCGAUGGAAACGGCAGCGCCGCCCCGGGGGUGGAGAGAAAAGCGAAGCCGCCGGAGAAACUGAACUGCCCGAGAUGCAACUCAACAAACACCAAGUUUUGCUAUUACAACAACUACAGUCUCACACAGCCAAGGUACUUCUGCAAAGGUUGUCGGAGGUAUUGGACCGAAGGUGGUUCCCUCCGAAACGUCCCUGUCGGAGGAAGCUCGAGGAGGAACAAGAGAUCUCCUUCGGCAAUCCUCUCCACGUCAGCCUCUACUCUCUCUUCGUCGUCGUCUUCAUCACUUGGUCUGACCACAAGGUUACCGGAUCUAAACCCACCGAUUCUCUUCUCCGGCCAAAACCCUAUGUCCACGUCGACGGCACAGCAAAAAGGGUCCUCUCAAGAUCUCAAAUUGAUGUCUUUCCCUGUCUUGCAAGACGGCCAUCAUCAUCACAACAUGUCUCGGAUUCUUCAAAUGCCAAACCCGAACUGUUCUCCGUCUUCUUUUUACGCUUCGUCGACGUCUCCUGUUUCAGCUCUCGAGCUCCUGGGAACCGGGGUUUCUUCAAGAGGUUUCAACGCGUUCAUGCCUGGUCCCAUGAUCGAUUCAGACACAGUUCUUUACUCUUCAUCAGGGUUUCCGACAGUGGCGGAUUACAAGCCAAGCAACCUCUCUUUCUUCAGCGAGAAUAUCGAACACAACAGUAGCAGCAGCAACGGUAACAACAGGUCUCAUGAAACAAACGAGGAUAUAAAUGGAUCGGGAAGGGUUCUGUUUCCGUUUUCGGACAUGAAAGCGCUCUCGAGCAAUGAGAAUGAUCAUCAACAACAGAAGAAUCAAGCCAAUUCAAGCACUAACGCUUAUUGGAGUGGAAUGUUCAGUACUACAGGAGGGCCUUCGUGGUGAAGACAUGACUUAGCCUUCUUCUUCUUCUUCCCUUUACAUUCCCCUUCAUUAUCUUUUUUCUCGCAUGGGGUACUUUGAUUAAAGUUAGCUCACAUAGUCUUUUUCUGAUCUCUCUUUUUAUUUUUUAUUUUUAUUUUCCUUUUUUGGGUUUUUUGUUUAUCAGUGUUUUCUUUGCUUGUGAUCUUGAAUUUGGGCGAGUAGAAGAAUAUGUGAAUACGAGGCUCUGUGGAACAUUAUCUGUAUUCAUGAAUGCUUCUAUCCAAAAAUAAAUUUAAGUAUUUUCAA